AGUUUCCCGUUCACCGUCAACUGUGUGUAAAUUCUCUCCGAUAAUGGUGUCAAUGGCGUUCUCUUCAGUUUUCUCCGCACCUCUGCUUGGUUUGGCUACAGUCAAAAUGCAGAUGAGCUCCAAUUCCGCUUCAAUGGCGUUUCUCGAUUUGUCCAGUAGAAUCACAAGUGUCGGUUCUUCGAAUUCGUCGUUUUUCAGAGAUGGCCUCCCGAUUUUGUCCCCAAAUUUAUUUAGGUUUCCAUUAAAAGCUCGAUCUUUCUCUACUGUUAAUGCCAGAACUGCCGCUGAGAAGACCGUUCACGAUUUUACCGUAAAGGAUAUCGAUGGAACGGAUGUUUCACUCGGCAAAUUCAAAGGCAAAGCACUUUUGAUAGUAAAUGUUGCUUCGAGAUGUGGUUUGACAUCAUCAAAUUACACGGAGCUUUCUCAAAUAUACGAAAAGUACAAAGCUCAAGGAUUCGAGAUUUUAGCCUUCCCUUGUAAUCAGUUUGGGGGCCAAGAGCCAGGAUCGAAUCCGGAAAUUAAGCAGUUUGCCUGUACACGUUACAAAGCAGAGUUCCCGAUUUUCGAUAAGGUUGAUGUUAAUGGACCGAACACAGCUCCAGUUUAUCAAUUCCUCAAGUCAAGCGCAGGAGGAUUCCUAGGUGAUUUGGUUAAAUGGAAUUUCGAGAAAUUUCUCGUCGACAAAAAUGGCAAAGUUGUCGAAAGAUAUCCACCAACAACCUCCCCUUUGCAAAUUGAGAAGGACAUCCAGAAGCUUCUAGCAGCAUGAGUUCGAUGAGUCGUUUCAGAUACGUCGCACUGUCUUCAAUUUACUCGUGUACCUUAUUUCUGUACAAUUAUUACAUUACAUAUCUGAAUGAAUGAGGCAUCCUUGUUAUAAAAUUGUGUUUUCUGUUUUA